CCAUCUCUAAUGCUACGAGGAGUGCAUCACUUGCCCGAGCAACAGUAUAUGAUACAGGCUUUAGCAAUACGAGCUGCGCCUCUCUUUCAUCCCUAGAGAGCUUAAGUUCUGCGUUGAAGGAGAGAGAGAGGAGAGGCCAUGGGCUAGUCACAUGAUGAUCGCUAUAUGGACCUUGGCAUUUCUUGUACAGUCGUGAAUCGCAGCUCCGAGAGCUCCAUCUAUGCCGUUUGAGCACGGAAGAUCUCUCGGUAUCUGGCAUGGGUUCCUUGCUGGCUUCCUCAUCUCUCGCGCCGUGGAGUUAACUGAAGUUCUCCACCUCAAUGGCCACUCCGUUACACAAUACUGGUGGCUCGCCGUCGCCCCCAGCAGGGUACAUGCGACAGCGUUCUCGAAGAGCCUGUUUUCCAUGUAGGCAACGGAAGCGGAAAUGUGAUGGCCGACUGCCCUGCUUGACUUGUACAGGCUAUGGCUAUGAGUGUCGGUACAGUGACGAUGGUGAACGGAAAAUCCCCAAAAGAACCGCCUUGGACGAUGUUCUCAUGCCGGAGCCAGUCCACAAGGCGCCGCGUCUGCCUCAGCCCAGCACACAUUCCAAGGUCAAGAGUGCUCACCAUGGCAUCCUCGACCCGAACAAAUGGCGGUAUAUGAGCAGUGAUUCCGCCAUUGCAUUUCCUAGAGUUGUUGGGCUGGAUUUGCAGUCUGCUAAUCCGCCGCGUUUACAUUCUUUCGCAUACAAUACUGGCUUACGAUCUGAACCUGGCUGUACAGUCAAAUUUCAAUUCGUCGAUCUCAUAGCAUGGACUCAAGUCCGGGAGCUAAUCGAUAUUUAUGCUUCCACGAUCCACCCCAUAUUUGGAUUUCUGGAUGUGGAGCGCCUUUAUCGUCGAUGCGAGGACCAUUGGAACGGCAAGUCUCAAGGGCCAGGCCUUGAGGCCCUGAUCAGCGGCAUCAUCGGGUUGGCGUCUCUAUUUUCUGGCCUGCUGGCCACGGAUGUGGAGAUGCGAAUUGUCCUGCACGCUAAAGAGCUCUUGGAAGAUCCGUCACAUAGUCGCUUUCCUUCCAUUGAGCAAGUGGGUGCGUGGAUACUGCGGACAAUCUAUAUCCGGGCUACGAGCAGGCCCCAUGUCUCCUGGCUAUCAAGUUGCACUACCAUGCAUCUUGUUGAGGCGACUAGUUUGCACCGAGAAAUGGACCAGGUCGUUCUGAUGAGCGAUUCUCGUCAAGGGUAUCUGCAGGAGCAGUCUGACGUCCGGGAGCGGACCGCCAUGAUCGCACAUUGUCUGAAUGCUAUAAUUUCGUACGACUACGGGCGAUCAGCUGUGUAUAUUGGACCCUUGUCAUUUAACAAGAUUGUUCCUCGAGAUGGAGAUUUCUCGCUCCAUCUCUACGGUCUGGUUCGCGGCCUUCCCCGUGAUGACAUACAUGCCGAUCCUACUGCGAGGAAGUCAGAGCUGAUUGCCGCUCUCAAUUAUCUUCUGGAUGCCCCCACAGGGCAUGACUUUGUCACCAUCACACGAGCAGAGCUGUGCUUCUGCGUAUACCGCAGACUACGUCUCCUCGACAACGGCCUGAAACAGGAACAGAUCGAGCAAGUUAUCGCGGCUGGUACCGCUGCCCUACCUGCUGCGCGUCGAUUGAUGGCGUCGAACCACCCCUGGUGGAACGUGAUGAGCACGAUCUUCCAGUUUGUCUGCGUUUUGCUGGCUAUCGAUACAACCGAGAGUAUUGCCAGUGUUCCGGAUGUCAUGGAGACUCUCGAGAUAAUUACAACUCGUCUUGACACGCAUCUGGCCAAGGAGGCGGCCCAUACUGCAAGAAUCCUUGUCUGUGCAUCGCUAGAAAAGAAGAGAAAGGGAAUCGCCAUCCUUGAGCGCAUCGCGGGGACCCCGGACGUCGGAGACGAUGCCAGUAAUGCUGAAAAGCGGUGGAUGUUCGACGAGACAGACUGGGAUUCGUUUCUGCAGCCACCUCCGGCAACCCAAUUUCUUGACAUCGACUUUCACUUACAGAUGUGACAGGGUUGCUACAUUGACGAUGGCCUUUUGUUGAAAGAAACGCUUGACAAAUUGCAUCUUGCAAGACAUGCUUCUCAGAUGAUUCCUAGAAGACCCGGGCAUCGUUUGGAAAAGGAGGACAUUACGGUCAAUAGUCUAGCAUUAGCACGAGCACUGCCAAGACCAGAGGAAACUGAAGAUGCGCGGUAGACUUGACGACGUCGAGGCUCGAGUCCUGGGUGACUGAUAUGCAUGAACUGGAUAUCCCAACUGCAAGUGUCGUCUGAAUUCGGCGUUUUACAAUAAUCUUUCUCUUUAAUAGUCAGUUGAGUUAAGUUAGACGAAUCGGGACGUGUAUGACUAAGCCGACUGAGCGGACGAGCCCGCGGAUGGCCCGGAAUCAAAGACAAGGAGAGA